AUGGCGGGUGCUGUUGCCUCGACGGAGGGGAGCUUCGACAUGGACAAGGUGAGCUACGAGAUAUUCUCCAUCCUGGAGUCCAAAUUCCUCUUCGGCUACGAGGCGCCACCGUCGGCGCCGCCGCCCUUCUACUCGGGGAGAGUCCGGAUCCUCUCCGUCGACGCUGGCGGCGCCACCGACGGCCUCCUCGCGGCCGCCUCGCUGGCUCUCCUGGAGGCCUCUCUUCAGAAGCUAUCCGGCGAGUCGUCCUCCCGGAUCGCCGACUUCUUCGACAUCGCCGCCGGCUCCGGUGCCGGCGGCAUCCUGGUGGCGCUCCUCUUCACCUGCGCCGCCGACGGUCGCCCCCUCUACACCGCUGCGGAGGCCCUCGAUUUCCUCUCCCGCAACCGCCAGGUCUUCCAGGCGAAGGGGAAGAAGAAGGGGAGGGGAUUCGCCGGAAUAUUCCGGAGAAAGAGGGCGUCCGGAGAAAAACUGGAGAGAAUAUUCGGGGAGGCGACUCUUCGGGAGACGGUGAAGCCGGUGCUGAUCCCCUGCUACGACCUGGAGACGAGGGCGCCGUUCCUCUUCUCCCGCGCCGGCGCCGUCGAGACGGACGGCUACAACUUCCUCAUGCGGGAGGUCUGCGGCGCCACGCUGGGGGCAGCUGAAAUACGCUCCGUGGACGGGAGAACAGCGAUCGCCGCCGUGGACGGCGGCGUGGCCGUCGCGAAUCCCGCCGCCGCCGCCAUCACACACGUCCUCAACAACCGGAUGGAGUUCCCCUCCGUCGCCGGGGCGGAGGACCUUCUGGUGGUCUCCCUCGGAAACGGGGAAUCCUCUGCUGCGCCGCCGGCCGGUCGACGACUGCGGCGAAGGUCCACGACGUCGUCGUCGGAGAUCGUCAAGAUCGCCGUAGAGGCCACCUCCGACACGGUGAGGAGUUCCCACCGCCAGCACUGUUCCAUCAUCACCCCUCUUCCUUUCUUCCUUCCUUCCUUUGUGUGCUCCUCCGUACUGAAUGCUAGCUGAAUGGGCGCAGGUGGAUCAGGCGGUGGCCAUGGCUUUGGAGCGCAACCGCACGGCCAACUAUGUCCGCAUUCAGGUAGGGCAGAUAAAAGAUGAACCCCCGGCGAAUCCUUCCCCCCCUCCCUCCUCCAUCGUCGAGAGCAAGCAAGAUCGAUGACGAGUGUUGAUCCUUCCAGGCCCGUGUGGGUGAUCUCGGCGGGUUCCAAUCCUCGGAGCCCUGCAAGCUCCAGGCCGCAGCGGAGGAGCUGCUGGAGCAGAGGAACGUGGCCUCCGUGCUCUUCCGAGGGAAGAGGCUCUCGGACAAGUCCAACGCGGAGAUCCUCGCCUGGGCCUCUGCAGAACUCGUGAGAGAACGCGAGGGGCGGAAGAUCAUCUGCCCUCCCCGGAGCUCGCCGAGAUCCGGCUUCAGCUCGAAAACCACCUCCCCCGUGGCGGUCGCCUCCCCUCGGUGA